UGUUGGGGGAGUGGGGCAGCCCCGAGCCUUGGUGGUGGAGAGGGCUUGGACCCUUGGUGGCUCUGGGGCUGUUCGUUAUCAAGAUGGAGGGAUCGGGAGCACCUAGUGCGGCUCGUGCAGCUACAAGGCCUUGCUGGAGCCGAGCUGUGUUUGGAGAGAGGACUCCUUCUCUCCUUUUGCUGAAAGAGGCAUUGAGGAGAUUGGAAGGUCUCUGGUGACUUAUACCUUUCCAUUCUUCCUGACUAGUUGAAGUACAGAAGUCCCCAUCAUGGAUUUCCAGCACCGUCCUGGAGGUAAAACUGGAAGCGGAGGCGUAGCCUCUGCUUCAGAAAGUAACCGAGACCGCAGGGAGAGACUUCGACAGCUAGCUUUGGAAACGAUUGACAUCAACAAGGACCCUUAUUUUAUGAAAAAUCACUUGGGUUCUUAUGAAUGCAAGCUUUGCCUAACACUACACAACAAUGAGGGAAGUUACUUAGCACAUACCCAGGGGAAAAAGCAUCAGACUAAUUUGGCCCGUCGAGCUGCCAAGGAAGCUAAAGAAGCUCCUGCCCAGCCUGCACCAGAAAAAGUCAAAGUGGAAGUGAAGAAAUUUGUGAAAAUUGGACGACCAGGUUAUAAAGUGACUAAACAGAGAGAUCCAGAAACGGGCCAGCAGAGCCUUCUUUUCCAGAUUGAUUAUCCGGAGAUUGCAGAAAGUAUCAUGCCUCGGCAUCGGUUCAUGUCAGCAUAUGAGCAAAGGAUUGAGCCCCCUGAUAGACGCUGGCAAUACCUUUUGAUGGCAGCAGAGCCCUAUGAAACCAUAGCUUUCAAGGUGCCAAGCAGAGAAAUCGACAAAGCAGAAGGAAAGUUUUGGACUCACUGGAACAGGGAAACCAAACAGUUCUUCCUUCAGUUCCACUUCAAAAUGGAGAAGCCCCCAGCUCCCCCAAACCUCCCUCCAGGGCCCCCAACUGUGAAGCGGCCACCUCCGCCUCCGCUGAUGAACGGCUUGCCCCCAAGGCCGCCUCUGCCAGACUCCAUGCCACCUCCUCCUCCAGGAGGCAUGACUCUGCCACCUAUGCCUCCCUCUGGACCAGUGCCACCACCGCCAGUCCCACCUCAGCUGCCACCAGCACCCGGUGUACCUCCCCCUGCUCCUCUGCCACCCAUGAUGAGACCACCUCUCCCCACCGAGGGGCCAGGCACGAUCCCCCCUCCACCUCCCUCCAACUGAAGCCCUUCCUGGACUCAGUCCCACUGGACUCUUUCGGCUUGUAUCUUUUUAUAUGCACGUCAGAACUGAUUCGGAUAAAUUUUUCUGUUUUAUAUGCCUGUGAUUUUGACUAAAUCCUGUAGGUGCAUUAAAAGGUUUUCACCUUUGCUUUCUCUGUUUUCCUGUGUCUUGGUUAAAAAUGUUGCUGUGUGUUCGCUUUCUGUAGCCUUUAAACAUACAAAAAUGUUUUCAGUCUGGUUAUAUGUUGGAAAUUAUCCAAACAGGAGAAAAAGGAUUGGAAAUCUCUAGGCACUUCACCUACUUUUAACUGAGGUAACUAUUAUUAACAAUUCAAUUGUGUUAGCUCAACAUAUUUCUCCACUUUAGAUUGCUCGAUUUGUAUCCCAUAAAUAACCAGCCAGUUAAUCAGUUGAUAUUCAACUAUGUUCUCUGUCAAGCAGUUCAUUCAGUGAUUGGGAGACUCUUCAUAGACUCACCUAAAAGGAUUUCAUUUUAUUUUAUUACUGCAGCACCAGUAAUCACAUUGGUGGACAGAACGUAAGGCAAGUUGAAGUUUCUAAAUGCAGUUUUCUCUGUAUCCGUGCUGAGUUACAGUGCAUCAGAAAUGCACUGGUUAUGCAGCAUCAGAAACCUUUUGUUCUCCCGGUGUCAGAGCACUGUUGUAGCUCAGGUGUUGCCAGCUAAAAGCGUAGAAGCAUCUCUACCGAGGAGUUAGUUUGGACUGGUUCUCAAGAGUCCUUGAAAAGUGCCAGACAAGGUUUAAUUGACAAUUCUAAACAGAUAAUCAUCCUUCUCUGAAAUGCAGCUGUCUAGCUCCUUCCCGGUGCUCACUAGACUGUUUAUGCCAAGCAUGGGUUCACAAACAAAGUUUUUAAUAAUUUGUUGGGGCUGUCAUCAUCUUUGACGAUGGCAGAGGUUCUGGGAAUGUUUAGUCAAAAGACUUUACCGGAACUGCAGUUAUAUUAAAAUCUUAGUUUAUUGCUGUAAUUCAUAAAAUAUUGUCUGCUUGCUUAUGAAGCACCUGCUGUCGUUAGAUAUGAUUUUUAUUGUAUAUAUCCUCCCGCUAGCAGAUUACUUCUGGCAAGCUUUUAGCCUUCUGUGUGUUUCUUUUUAUGCUAAAUGUUUUUUUUUCAAACAAUCAUUUGGUUCCCAUUAAAAAGUAGAAAAAGUUCUGA